GCCAUUCGAAAAAGACCAAGCCCACAGUGCACAGUCUUCCAACGUAUAAUCGACCGCUACCCUAUCUGACGACAUGGCAAAUGUGUCAGAUUUCUCUAUACCGCUGCCAGUGUGCGCGAAUCCCUACAUAGGAGGACCUCAGCUUACCGACGUCUGUUCGGCAAACACGGGCACUUUGUUCUUGACGUUGCUCAACACCUUCAUGAUAACAAACAUAAAGAUCGGUGAGAUAUGCGGGCGUUUCACGCCGAUCGACGAACCGGAGGAAAGCUACGAUUUCAUCGUCGUUGGUUCUGGAGCGGCUGGAUCUAUCGUGGCUUCGAGAUUGAGCGAAAUCGAAGACUGGAAUGUCCUCUUGGUCGAAGCGGGCGGGGAUGAACCGGCAGGAAGUGAAGUACCCAGUAAUCUGCAACUCUUCCUCGGUGGUAAGUUGGACUGGCAAUAUCACACCACGAACGAAAGUUACGCCUGCUUAAGUACGAACGGAAGUUGUUACUGGCCUCGAGGUAAGAAUUUCGGAGGAUCAACUCUUCACCAUGGUAUGGCGUAUCACAGAGGACACGCUAAAGAUUUCGAAAGAUGGGUCGAACUGGGAAACGAAGGCUGGGGCUGGGACGACGUGAUGCCGUACUAUCUGAAAUCUGAGGACAACAGGGAAAUUGGAAGAGUCAGCCCUAAAUACCAUGCCACUGGUGGACUUAUGACUGUCGAAAGAUUCCCCUAUCAGCCUCCUUUCGCAUGGAGCAUCUUGGAUGCAGCGGAUGAAGCAGGUUUCGGUACGACCGAAGAUUUGGUCGGUGAAAAGAUCACCGGUUUCACGGUAGCACAAACCAUCAGCAAGGACGGUGUCAGGGAAACCCCCUACCGUUCAUUCGUCGAAAGAUUCAGGGACCGUAAGAACCUCCACGUAAUGGACAACUCGCUUGUCACAAAAAUUAACUUCAACAUGAACAAAGUGACCGGUGUGGAUAUACUGAGGAACGGGACGAAAUACCGCGUGAACGUAAAACGCGAAGUAAUCGUGUCCGGUGGUGCCAUCAACUCUCCCCAAUUGUUGCUGUUGUCUGGAAUCGGACCGAAAGAGCAUCUCGAAUCGAAGAACGUGCCCGUGGUGCACGAUCUUCCUGGUGUCGGUGAAAAUCUUCACAAUCACCAAUCUUUCGGAAUCGAUUACGUACUGGACGAAGACUACUAUUCAGAGUUGAACGAGAAGAGCGCUAACCAGUAUAUAUACAACCAAACAGGACCACUGUCUUGCACAGGUUUAGCUCAGGUCACCGGUAUAUUGGCGUCCAACUUGACAACCGCCGACGAUCCAGAUAUCCAAAUAUUCUUCGCUGGAUACCAAGCUGUGUGCAACCCCAAGGAGAACAUCGCCGACUUGGGCGUUCACGGCAGCAAACAGUCUGUGAGGUUCACAUCCGUGAACGUGCGUCCAACCAGCAGAGGUCGCAUCACUUUGAACAGCAACAAUCCACAAGAUCCACCAAUUAUCUGGAGUAACGACAUGGGAAACGAACACGACCGCAACGUAGUAGUCCAGGGAAUCCACGCCAUUCUUAAACUAGCUGAGACCGAGACGAUGAAGAAACUUGGUCUAACGAUGCAGCACAAGGUGAUUCCACAAUGUGCCGAGAAGAGCGAACCAUACACCGACGAAUACUGGUUGUGCGCCGUUACCUACGACACGAGACCCGAGAACCAUCAAACUGGUAGCGCCAAGAUGGGUCCGAAAUCUGAUCCAAUGGCGGUCGUCGACUUGCGACUCAGAGUAUACGGUGUCGAAGGAUUGAGAGUUGCCGAUGCGUCUGCUAUACCAAUUGUGGUGUCCGGUAAUCCUGUUGCCUCUAUCAACAUGGUCGGCGAAAGAGUAGCGGACUUCAUCAAAGAAGACUGGGGAGUGAAGAACUAGGGAGAAAAUAUUGCCAUGUAAAAAGCGGACGUGUAAAUGAUGUCGUUCGUUUCACGCG